AUGCACGGAUACCGCACAUACAACAUGGAGAGCCAUCAUCAUGAUAGCAACAACGUUGACCAGAAGCCGCUGGUCGUCGAUCUCAUUUCCACACAAUACGGCAAACCUCAAACGCCGCCGCCUUCUCCAAAUGAGUGCCUGUCUAGUCCGGACAACUCACUGAAUGGCAGCCGCAACUCCGAGAUUCCCGCUGAUCCGUCGGUUCGUCGCUAUCGAACCGCUUUCACACGUGAUCAGCUGGCGCGUCUCGAGAAGGAGUUCUACAAGGAGAACUAUGUGUCGCGUCCCCGUCGCUGCGAGCUGGCCGCUCAGCUCAAUCUGCCUGAGUCCACCAUUAAGGUGUGGUUCCAGAAUCGCCGCAUGAAGGACAAGCGCCAACGCAUUGCCGUCGCCUGGCCAUACGCCGCCGUCUACUCGGAUCCCGCUUUCGCCGCUUCCAUCCUGCAAGCGGCUGCCAACAGCGUGGGCAUGCCGUAUCCACCAUAUGCACCAGCUGCCGCUGCCGCCGCCGCCGCUGCUGCCGCUAAUCCCAUGCUGGCCACUGGCAUGCCCACAAUGCCGGUGCCUGGACAUGCGCCCUAUGGCCAGUACCGCUACGCGCCCUAUCAUAUUCCCGCACGCCCCGCACCACCGGCACCACACAUGCAUCCACACGCCCACGCACACGCCCACGUCCACGCCCACUCGAUGCAGGCGGCCGCUGCCAUGAGCGCUGCUGCUCCCAUGGGCUAUCCGGCCGCCAUGCUGGGAGCUGCUGCCGCCGCCAUGCCGUCCAGCUAUGCCGGUCAACUGCAGGUGCCCAAGACACAGACACCGCCGCUGGAUCUGCAGUCCUCCUCGUCGCCACACUCCUCCACGCUCUCGCUGAGUCCCGUCGGCUCGGAUCACACCAAGGUCUUCGAUCGCAGCCUGAGUCCCUUGCGUAACGCUGGCUCCCUGCUGCUCCCAGGUCCCAGCACCACCAGCAGCCCGCUGCCCGCUCCUGGUCUGCUCAUGCCCAGCGCCAAGCGUCCCGCUUCCUCCAUGUCGCCGCCGCCCGCAACAACAACCGUUAUUGCAGAGCCCAAGCCGAAGCUCUUCAAGCCCUACAAGACUGAGGCGUAGGUGCCAUCACCACUGCUACCCCCGCCAUCUCACUCGUCCCUCAUCUUGGAUUGUACAAAUUAGCAUUAGUUGUUGUGUUGUCUCCCUUUCUCUCAGUGUGUAGAAUCACAUGCAGU